GCGGAAAUCGCUGUCUCGGCUGUAGUGGGGUCACCGACGAUUCGACCAGGACAUGGUAACAGCUGUGGAAAUAUACCCAAGGAGCUCAGUUUCACGUGGGCUGAUGUUUUAAAAUCCAACAAAAAAAUAAAACCCUCUGUCACUCCUGGUACCAACUCGGCAGAGUCCUCCUCAGCCAUAAAUUCAAAUCCGCUCAACAAUGACAUGCCAGCUACUUGCUCCGUCACGAAAUUUAACAGAACAGAAGAUAUUCGGGUUGAGUCAGCUUUGGGCGAACCGGGCUGUGAAAAUUUCAUGUUCUUUGGACAAGAAGGAUUUGACUCAAUCAAAAUUGAGUCAAAAGUUUUUAAAUUUGCGGUCAAAAAUGGUGAAGUGGUUAUUUUUGAAGUCAAAAAAUCUCAGCUACACAAGAUUCAAUUCAAAAUUGACCUUGUUCCUCAAAUCAUUCGCUUUAUGUCUCAACUCACAAGUUCUGCAUCAAAAUUGGCACGGAGUAAACGAUUUGGAGAUAUUACAGUUUCUUUGGAAACUAACAGAUCAGGCGACUAUGUGAAAUUAGCUAAAAAUCAUGGGAGCUCCGCUCAAAUUCCGGUGGGACCGAAAAAAUCGAGCUUGUUUAAAUUCAUCAAUAUUUUUUCUAAUUUUGCAGGGCCACCAGAGUCUGUGCAGGACGACUCAAUCUCUUUGCAAUACAGGAGCACCUAUGAAAUCGAGGACAACACAUCGAUCUCUAAACUGAUUCUAAAUUAUCAAAUCCAAGCGGCUAGUAUCGAGAAUCAACUGGUUUUCACUCCCAUGAAACAACUACCACGGAUCGAGGCUUACUCAGAUGCCUCAGAUGGUUUUGACCAUUCUGAUGACUCUUUCUUUAGAGAUGACUUUCUUGGACACGCAACUGAAAGCGAUCGUCGUCUUCCGAUCUCCUACCCGGAAGAAAUUAGAAAUUCCAAACUCAACAGGGCUAUUUGCCGCAAAGCAAAAUUCGUCACAUCGGAAAAUUGUCUGCCAACAGACAACUUAAACACACAACUCAAAAUUUACAGAAAAACGCAAAAGAACAAAAGGCGUCACAGCAUGACGACUAGAUCACAAUCCAGAGAUUUUCCUUGGGACUAGUUUUAUGUUUUCCUUUAUUUUACUUUUUCUCUGUACUGCUUUUCUUUUUAUUCUCGCAUUGUACUGUUUUUCUCUUAUCAAUAAAAUGCAUUUUUUCUUUAAAAAAAAA